GCGUUACCGAUUCGCGAGUUAUUGUGGUCUUUCUCGUCUGCUCUUCUCACCGGACUUUCUUACCUACUACUACAGUUAUUAUGGUCUUCUUAUGUUCCGUGUCCUUUCGUCUCUUAGACAUUUCCUCAUGCACUCGGAAACCAUUACAACUGAGCUAGAUAAUAAUUACAAAGAAUGAGUUUCACUGAAGAUGCCAUGGGGGAUUUACGGAAACCGUUUCUACACACAGGAAGUUGGUACCGAAUGGGCUCAGGGCAAUCCAGCAUGAUGGACUCUUCUCAGGUCAUUCGAGAUAGCUCCAUCUCUGUUGUGGCUUGUGUCCUGAUCGUCGCUUUGGGUCCUAUACAGUUCGGAUUCACCAACGGCUAUUCGUCUCCAACUCAAACUGCAAUCACCGACGAUCUUGGACUUUCUGUCUCAGAGUUCUCUUUAUUUGGUUCGCUAUCCAAUGUGGGUGCUAUGGUUGGGGCCAUAGCUAGCGGUCAGAUUGCUGAGUAUAUAGGAAGAAAAGGGUCUUUAAUGAUCGCUGCUAUUCCUAAUAUAAUUGGGUGGCUUGUUAUUUCUUUUGCUAGAGAUGCUUCUUUUCUCUACAUGGGAAGGUUGUUGGAAGGUUUUGGUGUAGGAAUUAUCUCAUACACGGUGCCCAUAUAUAUAGCAGAAAUAGCACCUCAGAACUUGAGAGGGGCUUUGGGUUCAGUGAAUCAGCUCUCUGUCACAGUUGGAAUCAUGUUGGCUUAUCUGCUUGGACUUUUUGUUCAAUGGAGAAUACUUGCUGUUUUGGGAAUAUUACCUUGUACAGUCUUGAUACCUGGUCUGUUUUUUAUUCCGGAAUCUCCCCGGUGGCUGGCAAAAAUGGGUAUGACAGAAGAUUUUGAAGCUUCUUUGCAAGUGCUUAGGGGGUUUGAUAUGGAUAUUUCACUUGAAGUGAAUGAAAUUAAGAGGGCUGUAGCUUCAACAAGCAAAAGAACUACAAUCCGGUUUGCAGAACUCAAACGAAGAAGAUAUUGGCUUCCUCUAAUGAUCGGGAUUGGAUUACUUGUCCUGCAACAAACUAGUGGCAUUAAUGGUGUUCUGUUCUAUUCCAGCACCAUUUUUGGAACUGCUGGCAUUAGCAAUAGUAAUGCAGCUACAUUUGGGCUUGGUGCCAUUCAGGUCAUUGCUACUGGCGUAACUACUUGGUUAGUUGAUAAGGCAGGCCGCAGGCUUCUUCUUAUUGUUUCCUCUACUGGGAUGACUCUCAGCCUCCUAUUGGUUGCAGCAUCAUUCUUUGUGCAGGACUUUGUAUCAGAUGAGUCUAGUUUAUAUAAAAUUUUGGGGAUCUUAUCAGUAGUUGGAGUUGUGGGGAUGGUAGUUACCUUCUCUUUGGGCAUGGGACCCAUUCCUUGGAUUAUAAUGUCUGAGAUUCUUCCAAUCAAUAUUAAGGGACUCGCUGGAAGCGUGGCAACUCUUUCCAAUUGGUUACUGUCCUUUGUGGUUACGAUGACUGCAAACUUGCUUUUGAAUUGGAGCAGCGGAGGUUUGGCCUUCUCCUACUCUGUGUAUCAGUGUGUGUGUGCGCGCUCGUGAACGUUUACCAUUUACAUGAUAAUAUGUGCUCUCACUAUUGCAUUUGUGAUUAUAUGGGUUCCUGAGACAAAAGGGAGAACUUUGGAAGAAAUUCAAAGUUCCUUCAGAUAAGGAGGUCUCGUCAUUGUUUACAUUUGAAGAGAGGAUUCGUUUUGUAACUGAAAAAACUCGUCUGCCACAGCAUAGUGUGAUUGUAGGAGAUUUACUUGUAUGUUUAUCCUCACUUGAUACUGUCUGGAAUCUGGAUUCUAAAUCUUGAAUAAGGUGAGACAGCUAUCUUCAUUAGAUAGGAUUAGUAGUGGAGUACGAUAUCUGAAAUUUUUAGUUACUCAGAGAAACUAGCAUAUGUAUUCUGAGUAUUUUUAUGAUGUACUUAGUACUAUUUGAGCAUUUUAGCGAAAUAAAACCAUCUGAUUUGAUGGAU